AUGCCAGCGAUGCAGUACUUCGAGAAGGCGCAAACAACGUUCAAGCCGCCGCUAAUCGCCAACGAAAACGCCUAUCUCGGUGACGUCGUAUCAUCAGAGUCUACAGAUCCAGAGAAACCCAUCAGCGGUGGUUUCUACCGUCUGGAGAAGGGAACGCCGCUCGUGUACACGUAUACGUAUGAUGAGAUAAAAAUCAUCGUUGAUGGGCACUUCUACAUCAGUGACGAAACGGGCAAAGAAGUCAAAGCCGAGAAGGGUGAUGUGUUCUUCUUCCCAAAAGGGAGCAAAAUCACGUUCAAGACGGAUGAUUUUGGACUAGGGUUCUUUGUGGGGCAGAGGAAGAAAGAUGUGAAAACGCCGCACGGGUUCACUUCUGAGUCUGACAGAAUCAAGGCAACCAAGCGAUUCGAGGCCGAAAUUGAAAAUCUCUCAGUCGUUCAACAGCACGCACACAUCGCAGGGCUGUUGGCGUGGUCCUCUACUCCCAUGGCAAUCUUCCUUCCGUUCUGCGAGUUGGGUGAUCUUACCAGUUACGUGGUCAAGUGGAAAUCUGAACAGAGAAGGCAGCGAAAAACCAUACAACGUAUAUCCGAAGUCACGAUAUGGAAAUGUUUACAUGAUAUGGUUCUUGCCUUGGAUUAUCUGCAUAACAAGUGCGAGAAUUACGGCUAUACGCACAAUGAUAUCAAGCCAGACAACAUCCUAGUUGAAAUACACAAGAGCUGGAAGAUGGAAGACGGAAUCACCGAUGAGCCUAUCUUCAGACUGACCGACUUUGCCCGUAUGACGCGAGAGCAUCCAACCGAAAGCGCACAGUUGACCUGCUUUUGCGGUACACCCGAAUAUGCACCACCCUUCAACGAGCGAGGGGCUUUACGACCGUCCGGCGACAUCUGGGCUCUAGGCGGUACCUUGCAAACCCUCGCUCUGGGUGUCUACCCCAUUCAAUCUCACGAAGCUUUCUCCGAUAGCAGAAGAAGUCAGGAGAAGUUGGUCCCUCUUCUCAUCGACAAAAAUACCUGA